CACUUCACCGCCGACGCCUCCUCCUCCUGUGGAGAUUUCCUGUGUCGGUCCCUGUGGAGGAUCUGAGGAGAGAGACCGAGAUUGUUUUGUUGCAGGGCGGUGACUUGUUUUUUUUACACACACGGAGGGAGGCAGAGCAUUGGCUUCGGAGUGAAUGCUGACUCAGCAGUUGUAGCGCUUUUCCAGGAAUAGGGAGCGAUAAACCAAGGAUGACAAUGGAAGAGAUGAGGAAUGAAGCAGAGACGACCUCUAUGGUUUCUAUGCCACUCUAUGCAGUGAUGUACCCAGUGUUCCAUGAGUUGGAAAGAGUUAAUCUAUCCGCUGCCCAAACACUCCGAGCUGCUUUUAUUAAGGCUGAAAAAGAAAAUCCAGGUCUCACUCAAGAAAUCAUCACAAAAAUUCUGGAGAAAAAGAGCGUAGAAGUUAAUUUCACGGAGUCACUUUUGCGCAUGGCCAGUGAUGAUGUAGAAGAGUACAUGAUUGACAGACCGGAGCCAGAAUUCCAAGAAUUAAAUGAAAAGGCACGAGCACUCAAGCUGAUUCUCAGUAAGAUUCCUGAUGAGAUCAAUGACCGGGUCCGUUUUCUUCAGACAAUCAAGGAUAUUGCCAGUGCAAUCAAAGAGCUUCUCGACACUGUGAACAACGUUUUCAAGAAAUACCAAUACCAGAACCGCAGAGCACUUGAACAUCAAAAGAAAGAAUUUGUCAAGUACUCUAAAAGCUUCAGCGAUACCUUAAAAACCUACUUCAAAGAUGGAAAGGCAAUCAACGUGUUCAUAAGCGCCAACCGACUAAUCCACCAAACCAACUUGAUACUGCAAACCUUCAAAACCGUUGCUUAGAAACUGCAUCUGGAAAGCUGUUUGAUUUUUAAUUUUAAAAGGUCGACCUUUAUAUGUAAAUUUAAAUAGUUACAAUUGUGUAAAUUAACACAUCCACUUCAGGACUUGAUGAUAUCGAAUGGGAAUGAUUAUCAACUUGCACCAUAUUUUUGUAAGACGUUGUAGUGUAAUCAUGAUUUCUCAUUUAAAUAAAAACAUCACUUUUUGCUAUUACUAUUGUAUCCAAACGAAGCCAAAACAAUUGCGCCUUAACAUAUCGUAAUGUAACAUUCCUUCAUGUAAAUAUUGGUGUUCUGUUUCUGACAUGUUAACUUGCUGGCAAAAAAAGACAAGUUAUGUAUUUAACAAGGUUGGUGGAAAAUAAAGAGUUUACAGUCUCUUGAAAAGUA